AUGAACGAUCAUGAGAUCUUCCGUCAUCUUGCUACAUACCCUUUCACCUCCGCAACAUUGAAGAUGUUGCAAUGCGCUUUGCGGGUCAUUCAGAAGCGUUACCCGCUCGCCUCUCUUCAAAAUGCAGGGGAGGAAGUCUCAGAAUACCCGCCGCAGGAAGCUUUCGAGCAAACAGAAGUGCCACUACAUGUCACCGGCGAAUGGAUCAACUUGAUGAAGAUUGUGGCCGAUUCCAUCGACACCCCAGAACAAAGAGUGUCGUUGUCGUUGCGACUUUUCGCUAGAGGCGAGCAAGCAGAGGUCGAUAUGAUUGCGGAGUAUCUUCGCUUAUUACGGCCGGCUUAUCCGUCUUUCCACUUUAGUGAUCCAGCUCUGGACUCUGACGCUACCACGCUCAUCUCAUGCAAUUAUGAUGGGGCGUGGUUCGCGGCCGUUGCUUACGCAGAUUGCGUGCAGCUAUAUGGAGCACAGGCCGAAAGCAGCUCGAAACUGGGGCAACAGGCCCAAACCUUGUUCCCUGGCCGUACGAUCUGUUUCUCCGAGCCACUUGUCACGACGCCGGACAAGGACACCGGAGCAUUGAUGUUAUUGAGCUUGCGAAUGCUGGCCGGUGGAGGCGUGCCGACAUCACGAAUAUGCAUAGAGCUUUUGACCCAGAACCUGGAUGCAAGGGACGCUGAUGUUUCCGAGCGGCUUCAGCAAGUGCAACUAGAACACUCUGCCUUUUUCGACGAAGCGUUCAUACACGAAGACAAUUCGCCGUCGCCAGUCGGCUCCACUUUCACAGCUGACAUGGGAAGUGGCAUCGGUCCGUCUACGUUCGGUGUCUCUCCCUCGCCAUCUCGGCUAUUUUCGCCCGUCGGAGAAGGGCCUCCUUCAGCAGGAAGAGGUUCAAGCGAGACUCCUCAUACCGGCCUUGUUUUUGGCACGAGAAUUCAUGGAGUUUCACACUCAAAAUCACCUCCCAUGCCGCCCCCCAUGCCAGAGGAAUGCAGAGUCAUUCUCGGUAUGCUCAGCGGGGCCGUGGCCUUUUACCGGAGCUCUCGCCUGUCGGGAGAUACCGAACUGGCAGUGAUAUGGUCUGCUAUCAAGAGCGGCUCCAAGAGCGAGUUCUACCGCCGCUACAUGGGUUUGCUGUUCUAUGAGAAGAUGGUCCGCCUCAGCAGCGAUCAAGAGGUUGCCCUACAGAUGAGGCGUCACCAGUCGGACUUUCAGAUCUGGCACGACAUUUGUGAUUUGCGCCGCGACUGGGGGCCGGGUCGAUUUGUGCUUCUUUGUGCGCUGCCAGAGAGCUUCCAGGUAGGGCGAGGAAGCAGAACGGAGCAGCAAGUGCAGCUCAGAAGAGUCUGUAAACGGCUUAAAGAUGACCGCGACCCCCUAUCGGGAUAUCUGGACGCUGCUAAAGAGCUGUGUGCUGCUUUAGUUGGCGUAAAACUCCCAUGCGAAAGAUUGAUGAUCGAUGAUUACCACCUCAAGGCAUACCAAGACAUCCUCAGUCCCCGACCAGUCAUACCGAUAUCAAGGUGGGGCCCAUUAGUACACGCCAUAUGUUACCUGUAA